AUGAUAGAUACACCAGAGUUUAUUUGUAGUCAUCGAAGAAUUGAGAAUGGAGAAGUGCUCUAUCAAGUAAAAUGGAUUGGAUAUGAUUGUGAAGAUACAACUUGGGAACCAGAGAAUGUUGUUCAAGAAGAAUGGCCAGAGCUACUACAAGCUUAUUUAGAUGAUAUAAAGAGAAAUGCACCCAGCAAAAUGUAUGAUUUCAAGUCUUCACAGCAAGAGCAGAGUGAUGCGCUUUUUGAAUAUUUGGAAUCGAUAGAGGAUUGGGAAGAAGCUGUUGAUGAGAUUGUAUAUAUGGAAAAGUGUAAAGUACCUGGUUAUUUGGUCUACGUGAAAUGGAAAGAUGGCACCUGUUCAGUACAUCAUUCUAGUCAAGUUAAUGAAAGGUGCCCACAGAAAAUGAUUGACUUUUACGAGAAACAUCUCGUGAAGACACCACUUUCAAAGCAAUGA